AUGAAGGUUUUCGUUUGUGUGUUGGCAGUUUUGGUAGCAACAUGCUCCGCUGGCUUCCUAGGAGGUAGCUCAGGAGGUGGCGGGGGAGGGGGUGGCGGCGGAUACGGUGGCGGUGGUCACGGAGGUGGUUAUGGCGGCGGCGGUGGUGGUCAUGGCGGUUAUGGAGGCCGUGGUGGUCACGGAGGUCAUGGAGGCCAUGGGGGUGGUGGUGGCGGUGCCGGAGGCGGUGCUUCAGCUGGUGGUCAUGGCGGUUAUGGAGGUCAUGGUGGUCACGGCAGUCAUGGCGGCCAUGGAGGCCAUGGGGGUGGUGGUGGCGGUGCCGGAGGUGCUGUAACCGUGAAAGUUAUCCAUGCCGAUGGUGGUGCUUCAGGUGGUGGUCACGGAGGAUUCGGUGGUCACGGCGGUCAUGGCGGUCAUGGUGGUCACGGCGGUCAUGGUGGUCACGGUGGAGGCGGACAAGGAGGUUUUGGAGGUGGUCAUGGAGGCGGUGCUGGCGGACAUGGAGGUUUCGGUGGUGGUGCCGGUAGUGGCGGUGAGGUCAAAACCAUUAAGGUUAUCCAUGAACAAGGCGGCGCCUCUGCAGGUGGUCAUGGUGGAUACUCUGGUGGCGGUCAUGGUGGUUUCUCUGCUGGUGGUGGUGGCGGCUUUGGCGGUGCUGAAGAAGUCAAAACUAUUCAAGUUAUCCAUGAAGGCCCUUCUGAUGGUGGAUUCUCAGCUGGUGGCGGCGGCGGCGGCAGCGUUGGUUACUCUUAUGGCGGAGGUGCUGGCGGUGGUGCUGGCGGUGCUGAAGAGGUUAAAACUAUUCAAGUUAUUCAUGAGCAAGGCGGUGCUGAUGCUGGUGGCUUCUCUGCCGGUGGUGGAUUCUCUGCUGGUGGCUACGGAGGUGGCGAAGAAGUUAAGACCAUUCAAGUCAUCCAUGAGCAAGGUGGUGCCGGUGCUGGCGGUUUCUCUGCAGGCGGUGGCGGUGGAUUCUCUGCUGGCGGCGGUGGUGUUGGCUAUGGGGGUGGUGAAGAAGUUAAAACCAUUCAAGUCAUUCAUGAACAAGGUGGUGCCGGUGCUGGAGGUUUCUCUUCUGGCGGCCAUGGUGGUUACGGCGGUGGUGCUGGCGGCGCUGGAGGUGCUGGUGGUGCUGGCGGUUUUGAUGAUGCUCUAGAAACACUUAAAUCACUAAAGGUCAUCGGUGCCUUGAGUGUGGAUGGGGGUGCUGGUGGCGCCGGCGGUUAUGGCGGAGCUUCUGCCGGUGGUUACGGCGGUGCAUCUGCUGGCGGUUGGCAAUAG